GUCAAAAAGGUUAUUUACGUCAAAGAGAAAAUACCGAGGUUUUUCAUCGGUGCUAUCAGUAAUUUGUAGCCGGUCCGAAAUUUAUCUAUCAAACAAAAUGCCUGCAAAGUAUAAGAUUGUUAUGAUUCGUCAUGGCGAAUCCGAAUGGAACCAGAAGAAUCUCUUCUGUGGAUGGUUCGACGCUGACCUCAGCGACAAAGGUCGUCAAGAAGCUGUUGCUGCCGGGAAGGCCUUAAAAGCUGAAGGCUAUCAGUUUGACGUUGCUCACACGUCUGUUCUAAAACGUGCCCAGAUUACACUGAACUCUAUCUUAAAGGAGAUCGGUCAGCCAGAUAUACCUAUUGAGAAAACUUGGAGAUUGAACGAGAGGCAUUAUGGUGGCCUCACUGGACUGAACAAGGCUGAGACAGCUGCCAAAUACGGGGAGGCUCAGGUUCAAAUCUGGCGCCGCAGCUUCGACGUUCCUCCACCGGCCAUGGAAAAAGAUCACCCAUACUAUGACACCAUUGUUAACGAUCCCAGAUAUGCUGCUGACCCGAAACCUGAAGAGUUCCCUAUGUACGAGAGCCUGAAACUCACUAUUGAAAGAACCCUACCUUACUGGAACAAUGUUAUUGUGCCUCAGAUCAAAGAAGGCAAGAAGAUCAUUAUUGCUGCCCACGGCAACAGUCUAAGGGGUAUUGUGAAGCACUUAGAUGAUCUAAGCGAUGCAGCAAUCAUGGAAUUGAAUCUGCCGACAGGAAUCCCCUUCGUAUAUGAACUUGAUGAGAAUUUAAAACCUGUAGAUUCCAUGGUGUUCCUUGGUGAUGAAGAAACCGUCAAAAAAGCUAUGGCUACUGUCGCUGCCCAGGGCAAGGCCAAGUGAUUUUUUUUGUUUCCAAGUGUUUUAGAUAUGGUUACUCUUUGAGCACCACCGGGAAAAUAGAUUAGCCGGCCUUCAGUGCCAAGCUGUAAAUUCAAUACAUAUAUACCAAAUAUGUUUGAUACAAAUAAUAAUUUUUAAUACUAUGCAAUUAGAUUUAUUUUAAAAGCUGUAUGCUUUGCUUUUGUUGCUUUUUUUAUUAAGAGUAGCCGUAAUAAUUUUCGAAUAUUAAAACGUUGCUCUUACAAAUGUUAAUGCAAAAAAUUAAUUUAUUAAA